AUGGCUUUUCUGCAGUUGGACAAUUUUCUUUGCUGGAAACUCAAAGUGGCGACAUUGGUCAUCUGCAUAUACGUCUGCGUCGUGGCCACUGUAGCUUCUCUACUGGAACUCCUGGACAUCAUAGCUUGGGACCCGUCCGGAAAUUUCGAAAUCAAAGGCGGCUUUGAAUCGUCGUGGAGGGCCCAUGCCUGGGAGGGAUGGCUGGCUUGCAGUAUACUGAUGUUCAUAGCACACCUCAUCGCCAUCUUCAUGUCUAGCCUCUUAAUUGUGGCCAUUAAAAUUUUUCCGACCUACUAUGAGUUUAAUAUUACGAAAUGGUACCUUGGCAUAUUCGUCUGUUACAUUUUAAUCGAACUUGGCACGCAGCUCUACAAAUAUUCAUACUAUGCUUAUAACACUUUUGUGGUGGGCGUCAUCAUUGUCUACUCCCGAAUAGCAGAGGUGGCCUAUGAGAUCAAGUUCGGCGAGAAGAGGGAUCUAUCCGGUUGGACGUCGAAGGCCAACCUCCUGGAUAUAACCGGAUACAGAUCCGGAGCCGUGACUCCCAGCGUUAGGAAAUAA